AUGGACGAGAAGAUGACCCGGUCCCACAGCUACUCCACCUCCACCUCGAGAGGUGCCUCACCCUACUAUGGAGAGUCUUCCAGCCACAAGGACUCCUUUCCCCAGCGCCUCAUCGACAGCUUCAAGCGCGAUCCUACCUCGUAUGCCAUAUCAAAGGGCACCAUAACUGCUGAUGGCAAGCUAUUCGAUGUCGAGUCUGCCGCCCAAAACACGGCCGAAUCACCCUUGGCGAGACGCUUAAAGGGAAGACACCUGCAGAUGAUAGCCAUAGGAGGCUCUAUCGGUACCGGUCUGUUCGUCGGAACCGGCAGUGCGCUAGCGGCUGGAGGUCCCGCCUCGCUCAUCAUUGCAUAUGGCAUCAUUGGCAUCAUGAUGUACUGCACCGUGCAGGCCCUGGGCGAGAUGGCCGUCCUCUUUCCCGUCGCCGGCUCCUUCUCUGCAUACUCGACUCGUUUCCUCGAUCCGGCUUGGGGCUUUGCCAUGGGUUGGAACUAUGCUUUUCAAUGGCUCGUCGUACUGCCUCUCGAAAUAGUCGCCGCCUCCCUCACCAUCGAAUUCUGGAACCACGGCAGGAUCAACAGCAACGCCUGGGUCGCCAUCUUUCUCUUCCUCGUCGUCGUCAUCAAUCUGUUUGGCGUCAAGGGCUAUGGAGAGGCCGAGUUUGUCUUCUCCAUCGUCAAGGUCACCGCCAUUAUUGGCUUCAUCAUCCUUGGCAUCAUCCUCAACAUCGGAGGCGGUCCGGACGGCACCUACAUCGGCAACAGGUACUGGCGUGACCCGGGCGGCCUGCACAACGGCUUCAAGGGCGUGUGUAGCGUCUUUGUCACUGCCGCUUUCGCCUUUGCCGGUACCGAACUUGUCGGUCUCGCUGCUGCCGAGACGGCCAACCCACGCAAGAGUCUCCCGACUGCUGUCAAACAGGUCUUUUGGCGCAUCACCCUCUUCUACAUCGUCUCCUUGGUGUUGGUUGGACUGCUCGUGCCAUAUAAUGACCCCCGUCUCCUGCACGGGAAAAGCUCGGCCGAUGCAUCUGCCUCGCCUUUUGUGAUUGCCAUCCAAAAUGCCGGUAUCGAAGGUCUCCCGUCCGUCAUGAACGUCGUCAUCAUGAUAGCCGUGCUGUCUGUCGGCAACUCGGCCGUGUUUGGUUCGUCACGAACACUGGCAGCACUUGCUGAGCAGGGACAGGCACCACGCUUCCUGGCAUACAUUGACCGCAAAGGCAGACCCAUUGUCUCCAUCGGUAUUGCCGUUGCCUUGGGUCUCCUGGCCUUCCUCGCCGGCACGAACAAGCAAGAAAACGCGUUUGACUGGAUGAUUGCCAUCUCCGGUCUGUCUUCCAUCUUCACCUGGGGCAGUAUAUGCCUGGCGCACAUCCGCUUCCGCAAGGGAUGGCAAGUCCAAGGCCACUCCCUGGACGAGCUCGCAUUCCACUCUCAGCCGGGCACGCUCGGCUCCUGGCUCGGCUUCAUCAUCAACGUCCUGAUCCUCAUAGCCCAAUUCUGGGUAGGCAUCGCCCCGGUCGGCUACGAAUCCAUGAGCAGCAGCGACCUUGCCCGGGAGUUCUUCCAGCUCUAUCUGGCCGUGCCCAUUGUCCUCCUCUUCUACAUUCCCUACAAGCUCAUCUACCGCACGCCGUUUGUGCGCAGCCACAGCAUGGACCUGCACACCGGCAUCCGCGAGCUGAACCUCGCCGAGCUGAUUCAGGAGGAGCGCCGAGAAAUGGCCGCCUGGCCGCGCUGGAAGAAGGUCUACAAGUUCUUCUGCUGA